UGCUGCAAAAUCGCCUUUUCUUAUUCACUUUCACUUAUUCACUCGUUUCAUAAUGUCAAAUAUCAAAUGCUAAUCUGUCAAAGUAAGAUAAAAGAAAAUACUCCUAGUUUACUAGUUACUACUCAUUUAAAUUUACGAUUUAAUGCUCUUGCUUGUAUAGUCAACGUCAUGUUUAUGUUUACAAACAAACAGUACCUACACACAUAAAUUAUUUCCCGCGAUUUUUCUGUAAAAGAAGUGUGUAAGAAAAUGAAUGUCGAGCGUACUUCUCAUCCAUCUGUGGCCCAAGUGGAGUGGUUAGUAGGUUGGUUAGAAAGGAAGCCCAGCUUGGCUAAGGGAUUCGCCAAAACUCCAAGCGGUAGGCUGGCAGCUAGCCAUGAGUGGGAUCGCAUCACAUUAAGACUUAAUAGUAUAAGAGGGACGCUGAAGUCGAAAAAACAGUGGCUUAAGUACUGGGCUGACAAAAAAAGUGCAGUAAAGAAGAAAGCUGCUGCACGCGCUGCUUUUAUAAGUAGUACAGGCAUGGUCAAGGUAGAAGAAGGUGAAACACCACCACAGCUCUCUAAUAUAGAAGAGCGUAUACUGGUGCUGAUGGGUGGUGAAGCAUUUAUUGCAGGCAACAGACUGUUACAAAAUAUUAAGGUUGAACCUUCACAAGAUAGUGGCUUCAUUCGGGCACCAGUUACGCAGUCCAACGGCACCUGCCAUAGUUUAAGAGUGGUACCUCCAAACAAUCUUCUGGGCCCAACAGCAACGGAAGCAGAAGUUACCACCACCUCGGACCCCCUCAGGCUUAAUGACAGUUUUAUAAUUAAUAUCACAAUUCCACCUCCAACACCUGCUGUCCAGGACCACCAGCAGCAGUCUGUGCUUGCUAGGAGCGACACCGAGCAGCCCAUGUCUCCAGGCCCUCCUGCAACAAGACCUGCAUUAUCUAGGCUUACAAGUCCAACACGAUCGCGUCGCAGAAUUUUGCAGGGCAUUAGAAGACGUCGCCCGGUGUCACCAUCAUUGCAGCGACGUAACAACUUGUUAGACAUGACUGAUAAAUUUUUGCAGAUAGAGCAUCGGCGUUUGGAAAUAGAUAACCGAAUGGUCACUGUCAUGGAACGCAACAGUGAACGGGAUCAUUUGUUGGUGGAGGCAACUAAAACUAUGGGAGAGGGCUUAAAAGCUAUGGCCGAAGGCUUGAAAGCUCUGGCAGAAGCAAUUAAGCGAUAAUAUAGCUAUUAUUCACUAGUUAAUUCUUUAAUAAUUUGUUAUUGUUAUUGUAAUAUAAGAAAUAA